AUGUCGGUCAAACGUAAGCCGUUACCGUCGCAGGCAUUACAAGUACAAACACCACAGUUAUUACCAGAGGUACCGGCUGGAGCAUCACCACCACCACCACCACCACCAGCACAAGCUCAACCACCCACUCUAUUAGACGAGACGCGCCAUUUCCUCGGCGGACUAAUACACCACCCCUCUACUUCAACCAAACACGUCUCUAUCUUGCGCCACUCUCACGGCCUAGUCCUGUACCGGGGCAGCAGCACGUCCGUGGCCGUCUCGGUCUUCUCCGACAGGCCGUUACCCCCAACGCGCACCUUCUGGCUCCAAAGCAAAGGAUGGACAGGCAAGACAGGGAUGCGAGCCAAAACGAUGCUGAAUCUGCACUCCUCCUGGGUGGAGGUGACUCCCUCGACGGCCGUACGAGCGGAGCAGAUCCUCCCUCGAGACGAGCGGGCCUGGCAGCGCGAUAUCGAACAGUUCCAGAAAACCAUGAAAUCCCAAAAUGCUCGCACUCAUACCCUCCGCGAAACCGAUGUGCUUCGCAUCCCCGUCGAAGCAGGAGACGGAUACUUCCAUCUCGUCCUGUGCAGUGACGGGAAACGAACGCUCUGCACGAGUCCCGUGUUCAGGCUGGCUUCUGCGUCGACGAGUCCCAGUUCGCUCCGUGGUGCCAGUCUACGGACCCUCCCGCUCGAGCUGGGGGUUAUGGCCGCGGGGAUCUAUGCGUCGAGUACCCUGCAGACUGUUGUUUCGCCGUUGACGAAUACGGUGCAGAACAUGGCGCCCUCGUGGACGGAACAGACGGCGGCCACGACGGCGUAUUCGCUUUCUGGGGCGGAGGAGAGGGUUGACCGGAUGGUGGGCUAUGAGGAGAAUACUCCAGCAGCAAAACAGAUCCAGAUGGCCAAUGCGAUCCGGACGCGGACCUCCCUGCGGUUCAUUGACGAUUUAGGCCAGGAUAGAAGGUUGAAUACAAAUGAAAUACAGAUCCGACUGAUGGGCUUCCUCCGGCCGGACGGCCAGCUCUCCGCGACAGAAGCACAGGAGGACGCAAUUCUCGCUGCACAGAUCCUCACACAUCCUUCCUGGGGCCCGAUGGUAGAGGAGAAGGGGGGAUGGCUUGAUAGGACGAAAGAGCGAUACACGAGUGCACGGCGCCAGGUGGACCGGAUCCCGCUGCAUCGUCUGGGGGUACGGGUUCGAUCGGAUGAAAUGGGGGACAAAGAAGUUCGAAAUGGAUAUUAUAUUGUCAGAUAG